AUGGUCAUUGCUGAACUCACAGACGGUUUCUUCCCUCUAUGGAACGUAGGGACGAUUUACACGUUCAGUUUUGCCUAUCCUAUAGCGCCAGAAACACCUAUCAACCUGCGUGGUUUGACUCCCGACGUUCCAUACGACAUCCAUUAUCCGGGCCGAUGUGGCGCGCGGCAACCCAAAUAUGGCUGGAUCCUAGAUCCACAGCUUGUGGAGGGACGUCUGGUCAAGAAAGGGAUGACUUUGGAGACAUGGGCACCCACGAAGUCUGUGGAGAAGCAGCUGGAGGUGUAUAACGACGUGAGAGAGCAGCUUGGUGAGUAA